UAUACGAUACCAUAAGUAAUACUGCCUCUAGAACAUUACCCUGGGCUGCACCACUCAUAACAUCUGUCCAGUCAAAAACUGCACUAUAUUCAGUAAGAUCAUAAAUAUAUACCACAAAUAAUGAGACUAAAACAUUGCCCUGGGGUACUCCACUUGUCUUUCCCAUCAAAAAUUGUAACAUUCACUUGUACUGUCUGCUUGAUAGGUCUCAAAUAAAGGAACAAGACUUCAGACAAAAGCCAGAUUGGUGAGGAUCAUUGUGCUGGAACAUCAUCAUCAUUUCAUAGACGCCUGCUCCUAGGAGCUGCCACCAGGGGACGGCCACGGCAGAAGAGUUUCCAACUGUAACGCAUCACAGCAAUGCUAGGGAUGCUAACACAGGCCUCCCCACAGAGUAGCAGAGGGCAGAGGGCGGCGUGCGGCCCUGCAUUGCAUCAAAUCAGCUGCCCCAUCACGGCCAUGCCCACGCCCGUCAUUCUGGGCCAAGGAGAACCUCGGGUGGCAGGCAGCACAGCGGGGGAGGCGGCGGUGCCAGGCCAGGAGGAAUUUGGCGAUGACAUUUACCGUCUGGCGAGGGAGCAGCCGUGGGUGGUGGCAGCAACUCAUCGAGCGGCGUGGAGGAGGGAGCCGCCAGGGUGGACCACGCCUACAGCCUGCACGUCACCGCCCGCCAUGCACUAAGGGCUGUGGGCGUGCAUGACCGCCAACCAAAGACUCAGCCCAGAGGAAGAGCCAGGCCAGCACCACCACAGGGACAGAGGACGAUGAGGAGAGUGUUCCAACGCUGCUCCAACUCAAGGUUCAUAGGCCACACGCUGAGCCCUGCCAAGAUGUCCUGCCAGGUGGUCGGCCUCCACCCCUACACCUCCCACUGGUUCCUCCUGCUGCCCCACUACAAGGAUGUGCCAAGUAUGCCCUCCAGCCUGCAGUCCUUGGAUGAAACCCUCCACACUCUGACCUGUGUGUUGGCCCGCCAUGUGUACGCCCUCGGCCUCAGCAGUCUGCCGCUGGAGCGCGUCGGUGAACGGCGACUCGUCAGGAGGGGCUUCACCAAGCGCUCCGGCCUGGAUCAAUCACCUAAGAUGGAAGCCUUGGGUCUGCCUGGGUCCCUGCUGCCGCUGUGGUCACUCUCCCCGCCCCUGCCCAUGCUGCAGCCCUCAGCCCCGACCUCACCCUCAUGAACUGCUCUGACGUGAAGGAUCACUUGGUCAACAUGCUGCUGAAUAGUGGAAAGUGUGACGGUGGUGGCGGACAAGAUCGCUGGCCCUUUCCACCUUGGCCAUCCACCUCUACCACGAGUUGGCCCACCAAACACUCCACACCAAGGUUAACAAGGCCAUCAAUGUGCUCCAGGCAUACCUCAAGGAUGUCGGGUUCCAACCUGUAAGGAAUGGAGCCAAACUGAAGCAGGCAACCAAGGAUUUACUGACCCCCACUACCUUCAAUAGGUUCCA